UUGAUCAACCAUGUCCUACAACGGCUACGAAAAUAACUACGGCUACAAUAACCAAGGAAACUCCUACGGUCCACCUCCUCCAGGCGGUGGCUGGGGUGGUCCUCCACCUGGGCCUCCCCCUCCCGGAGGGCCACGUUCAAAUUACGGCCCUCCUGGUGGUCCCCCCCCAAUGCAUACUCGACCUGGGUAUGAAUCGAAUGGACCAAGUUAUGGGAACCCUCCUCCGAGUGGGAACCCGCCGCAUGGGGGACAUAUGUCGUCCUACAAUCCUGAACCGUAUGCGCCGAGUCAGGCGUACCAGGGUGGUGGACAGGGAUACCUGCCGCCGACGGGACCUCCGCCUCAUCCGGAGCAGUUGCACCAUUUUAGGCCGCCGUCAGGUCAACUCCCGAAUGCGUACAACAACAGCUACAACGAAGGCAACUACCGCGCUCCCCCUCCUCCGCCGACGCAAGCUCAGGCGUUCGGACAUGGAGCUACGCAGGGGUACAACUACCAGUACUCCAACUGUCAGGGAAAGAAAAGGGCAUUGUUCAUCGGUAUCAACUAUUUCGGGUCGAGCAGUGAGUUGAAGGGGUGUAUUAAUGAUGUCAGGAAUUUGUCGAGUUUCUUGGUCGAGAGAUAUGGAUUUAAGUGGGAGGAUAUGGUCAUUUUGACGGAUGACCAGUCCAACCCAAGGAGUGUCCCGUUGAGGCAGAAUAUCAUCAAUGCGAUGCAAUGGCUUGUUUCGGGCGCUCAGCCGAAUGACAAUCUUUUCUUCCACUACUCCGGCCAUGGAGGACAGACUGAAGACCUCGACGGUGAUGAAGAUGAUGGUUUUGAUGAGGUCAUUUACCCACUUGAUUUCAAGCAGAAUGGACACAUCGUCGAUGAUGAGAUUCAUUUCAGGAUGGUAAUGCCCUUGCCGGCUGGAUGUCGAUUGACGGCCAUCUUCGAUUCGUGCCAUUCGGGAAGUGUGUUGGAUCUUCCAUACCUCUACUCUACGAACGGUACCCUCAAAGAACCCAACCUCGCCAAGGAAGCCGGACAAGGCCUCCUCAGCGCAGGCAUGUCCUACCUCCGCGGCGACAUCGGCGGUAUGGUCUCCGGCGUCUCCUCCCUCUUCAAAAACGUAACCGGCUCAAACUCCUCCGCCACCGAAAUAUCCCGCCGCACAAAGACCUCCCCCGCAGACGUCAUCCAACUAUCCGGCUGCAAAGACAACCAAACAUCCGCUGACGCCUCUGAGGGCGGACAAGCUACCGGCGCGAUGAGUUGGGCGUUCAGGGAGGUGAUGUUGAAGAACCCGCAGCAGAGUUAUUUGAGUUUGUUGCAGUGUUUGAGAGAGGAGUUGAAGGGGAAGUAUCAGCAGAAGCCGCAGUUGUCGUGUAGUCAUCCAUUGGAUAUGAAUUUGUUGUUCAUUAUCUAG